AUGGCCGGUGGCAGUCUCGCCCCCGAGGACCUUACCCUGUCGCUAGUUUUAGCUCUGCACGCCGAGUCUCUCGAGAUGGCCUUCCCGUGGCUGUUGAUGCAUCGCGGCUGCUGGAGAUUCCUCCGAGCGGUAAAAGAACACUGCGAUCCUUUGCUGCGGGAGCUAUGCACACAUGCUUCUUUGACGAAGGAGGCCAAUUUGCCUUCUGUGGUCGGCUUCAUUCUCAAGGCUGCUGCAAAAGGCGUUGAUGGGGGGUUGCAGGACAAGAGCCUGUUGACCGCCGCGGCGGAGGUCUAUAACGGCUCGCUUAGCACCAAGGCAGGCGGCAGCGAGGCAGGCAAGACGGCGCUGGAGGUUGCGCGUGGGUUUGGAUUGACCAUUGACUACGAGUUUGCCGCUUCAACUUCUAUAACGACGAGUGUCUGA